GUCCGGAGCCCGGAAGCCCGGGACACCGAGCGCCCCGGAGGGUGCGGGGUGGGAGCAGCGCAGGCCAGCGUAGGAUCCCCACUCGGGACCUCUUCUGCCACCCUCAGCAGAUGCCAAGGUUUCCAGAGGUGGAUGCCCCCUGUGACUGGAGGCGGGCUGGAGCAGACUGUAGAUACCGGCCCCAGCCUGUCAUUGCUGGGCAAUGGCCCCCAAGCCCCACAUAUCCAGGGCCCUGAACUCUGUGGCCUGCACUGGAAAGGAAUCAGAGGUGUUCUACGUUGCCGCAGAGGAGAACUUGGCUAGUGGAGCUAACGGAGAAGUCGGUUCCUUGGAGCAGAGCAGUUUCUCACAGGAAGCCAUAUGCGGCCUGGUGGUGGCCUCUGCUGGAUGUCUCCAUCUGCCCAGUUACAGAGAUGUUGAGAGCCGUCAGGAGUCUCAGCCCUGGGGACCAGGCCAGGAGUGGAUAAAGCUAGAAAGAGGCACCAUGGAAGAGAAGAUGCCUGUCACCUUGGAGGAUGUGGCAGUGAGUUUCACCCAGGAAGAGUGGGAAUGUCUGGGUGCCAGCCAGAGGGCCCUUCACCAUGAUGUUAUGUCUGAAACCUUCAGGAACCUAGUGUCUGUGGGUCUGAUCACCAAGGCUGAGCAAGAAGAGAGACAGCGGAGAGCAGACCUCCAUUCCCCACGUGGAGAAGCCCUCCGUGCAGGACACAGGAAGCAGCAGCAUCGAGAGCCUGGUCAGACUCUGAAAGAUCCUGGGGCUGGUGGUGACAGGAAGGGCCCCUGUGCUCACAGAGGGCCUGGCCAGAGCCCACCCUCCACUCUGCCUGGGUCUGAGGACAGGAGCCCAGUGUUCCAGGCACCUCAGGGUGGGCUGCCCUUUUCCUGCUACACCUGUGGCAAGGGUUUCAGCAAGAUCUCCUACCUCCACAGCCACCAGUUUGUCCACAGCCCCAGGAAGACCAACAGCUGCGGCCAGUGUGGGAAGCUGUUUCGCAACCCCAAGGCCCUGAGCUACCACAGGCGCAUGCACCUCGGGGAGAGGCCCUUCUGCUGCUCGCUCUGUGACAAGACCUACUGUGAUGCCUCUGGACUUAGCCGUCACCGCCGUGUCCACCGAGGCUAUCGGCCCCAUUCGUGCCCUGUGUGUGGGAAGGGCUUUCGGGACCAGUCAGAGCUCAAACGUCACCAGAAGAUUCACCAGAAUCAAGAGCCAGUGGCUGGAAACCCCAAACGUACUGUUGGGAGUUCAGGCACGGCAGCGGGGUUCCGGGCUCCCAUCCUUGGGGGCCGGCAGCCUCACCAGGGGCUUGUGGAUGUGAGCCAUGCACCAGCAGCCAGGACCCAGUGCCUUGUGUCUAGAACUAAGGGUCCUGGGGCCCAGACCCAGGUACCUGAACCUAAGAACCAAGCACCAGUGACCAGGAGCCGGGCGCUCAGCACCAGGGCGUCCUGCCUGGAUAGACCCAGCUGUCUGCCAGCGAAUCCCUCAAGACGCAAGGUCUUCUCCUGCCCACACUGUCCGGCGACUUUCAGCAGGAGAGCCUACCUCUCGAGACACCAGGAGGCACACCUCGGGGAGCAGCUGCUGCGCUGCUUCCGCUGCGGCCAGGCCUUCAGCUCCUCCUCCAGGCUGGCCGACCACCAGCAGACCCACUGGAGGCAGAAGGUCUAUCGUUGCCCCGUCUGUGAGCUCUGCUUUGGGGAGAAAGAUGGCCUGCUGGACCACUGGAAGGGUUCCGAGGACAGGGGACAGUGCCCGGGGAGCCCCCGGGAGUGCCGGCUGGUCCUGGCUCAGCGGCUCGGCUUCUCCCGUGACGUCACCUCCUCUGUGGCCAGGAAGGAUUGGAAACAUGGAGAAAAUAGAACUUUUAGGAUCCAUACCCUCAGGAGAGGGGAGGUAAGAAGAAAAUGUGUACAGGAGACAGGCAAAAGGGGCAGUGAGGAUCCUGAAGCAUAAAUAUAGGCCCUUCUGGCUGAGGUCUUUUCUUGUGUUGGUUUCCCUGAGGACUGAGCUAUGGGCUCGCAGCCUGGAGGGAGAAAGGUGAACAGACAACAAAGAAAAGGGAGCAGAAAUAGGCACACAGAAAGUCGUGUUAUUAUUAGUUAGCACCUAGCUGUUUCUCUGUGUUUGAUACACCAUCAAGUAGUACUUGUUUUUUUAUCAGUAAUUGUUGAACAAAACUGUGGACGCUCUGAUAAGUGUAAAGGUGGGGUGAAAAGGGUGAGGAGAGUGCGGGGUGCAGGGAGGGAAGGCGGCAGGCAUUCUCGGGCAGAUCGCAGCCUCUUCCCGGGCUGCUGGGGCUGGAUGGAGCCCUGGCCUGAGUUCUCGGGUCUCUUCAGCCUCGGAUUUGGGUUAGGUGCACUGCGUCCAGACUGCAGUUUUCUCAGCUUCCUCUGUGAUGCUUGGAUUACCCUGUCCUUUGCCAUCCACCUCUGCCCCUUCUGUCCAGUCAGGGCUGGAGUAUCAGACGAACGACCACCAUUUUCUGUGUGAGGAGGGUGCACUUGAUCUCUGGCUCGUAGCCCUGUGGUCCGUGUCAUCCGCCGGGACAGUGUCCUCUGACGGCGAGAAGAGCGCCCGCCUGGCUUGGGCUGAGGGAGAUGGAGGGGAUACGAACGAGGGCGGGAGGGAGGGAAGGGGCGAGGCCGAUGGGCUUUGUGGUGUCCGCAGAUGGCAAUGUCCCCACGGCAGAGAGCACGCGUGUGCAGCUCGGUGGACGGGGCGUCCCCGCGGGCCCGGCAGCCCUCAGAAGGGGUUCCCUGGAAAGAAGAAAGUCGGCAGUGGUCGCUACUGUGACACCUUGGGCCUUGGACCUGCAGAACUCUCUGGGGCCGUCUCCCUUUGCCUCUGGGUGGUCUUGGGACAGCACACAGGUGGCUGCUGUGGAGAAUGGGAAAGCGUGCUGGCCGCAGGUCCCACAGGCGGCAGGCAGGGUGCCCGGCUCCCCUGCUGCCCUCGCCCCUGUCCUACACGCUCCAGCCCCUCCAUGCUCUGGGACCCUGAACCUUCAGCACCACCCCCCUUCUCUUAUUGAUUUGAUGUGCUUUUUCUGGCUUUUCCUUCUUGGCCUAGCAGAGAGGACUUACUUAGCUCCUCGAGAAACUGCCCUGCAAACAAA